AUGGGGGGACAUGUCGCACGCCUCUGCCUGUCUGCCCCGCUAGAUCCCCCUUCUCUUCCUCUCACCCCAACCCCUCUCCCCCCGCACUUCCCCCGCAGGCGACUCUCAGGCGUGGUGUGGUCUGGUGGCGCACUCAGCAGGUGUGAGGCGCGCCUCUGCCUGUCUGCCCCGCUAGAUCCCCCUUCUCUUCCUCUCACCCCAACCCCUCUCCCCCCACACUUCCCCCGCACGCGCCUCCCAGGUGUGGUGUGGUCUGGUGGCGCACUCAGCAGGUGUGAGGCGCGCCUCUGCCUGUCUGCCCCGCUAGAUCCCCCUUCUCUUCCUCUCACCCCAACCCCUCUCCCCCCACACUUCCCCCGCACGCGCCUCCCAGGUGUGGUGUGGUCUGGUGGCGCACUCAGCAGGUGUGAGGCGCGCCUUUGCUUGUAUGCCCCGCUAGACCCCCCUUCUCUUCCUCUCACCCCAACCCCUCUCCCCCCACACUUCCCCCGCACGCGCCUCCCAGGUGUGCACCAGAAGCAGCACACGGGAGGGGGGGGGGAGGGAGCGGGGUCCCAGCUGCCAAGUCCGUCACUCUGCAGCCCUCAGCGACGUAGCAGCUGCCCUUUUUAUGAAAAGGGAUUAGAGGUGGUAGGAGCGCGGAUAUGUGGUCUCCUCUGCUCCCCUGCUACAGCGCGCAACACUCCGCUCCUCCCCUCAUUCUGCUGCCCCCUUCACUCUGCAGCGCUCAGUGAGGGAGCAGCUGCCGUUUCCAAUACCGAGAAAGCAUCACUCCGUCCGUACCUCCCUCGUACGUCUCCCCCCUCUGCUUCGUCUCCUCUGCAGCUUCGUCUCCUCUGCUGCUCCUACUCCACUUCUCAGCCUCAUAGCAUCGUCCAUGAUGCGAGGGGCCUGGAGCAAGGCCAUUGA